AUGGAGCUCCCAGAGAUGUCGGUCUUGGAUAUGUCCUUGGAGUUUGCGAAUGACCCGGACUUUGACUUCAACGGCCAGCCUUUGGGGUGGCCGACGGGAAGUGUAAGCGGCUCCUCGUACGCUUCAUCCAGCUUCGGCCCUCACACGCCUAAUUCCGGGCGCUCGACCCCUCACUUCUCGGGCUCCUUCGACUACGGCUCCUCCUUCGUAUCCGUCGAGCCUGUCUCCUAUGAUGCAGCGGCCCCCCCUUCCCCUACCGUGCCAACAUACUUCCACCCAAACACGAAGAGCACCCGUGCUUCCGACCUCAUCUUCCCCGCCUGUACGGUCCCAGGUCCUUGGGGCGGCGUCAACAUGGUCGCACAGCCCUUCGGCAGCUGCUCCAGUCAGAUCAUGCCUUCGCAGCCGAUCAUGGAGUACAGCUUUCCUUCCCAACAAAUGGUCCCUCACCCUUACUUGCCGUCUCCGGCAGCUCUCAGCCAGCAGCAGCACAGCAUCUCUGGACCAACACACUGGACCUAUCCGGACAGCCCUAUCAGCUUUGGGCAACAGUCCCCCGUCACAAGGCCGGUUGAGGCUAUGCGGACUUCGAAGCGAGGCUCUCCGGAACAACCGAUGACACCGAGAUCCCCUCACAUGGUGGAAACAAAGGGAGUUCCCAAGACCGAGACAUCGACAAAGCCCAAACGAGAGAAGAAGCGCCGUGUGGCCGCUGAGGUUGACGAGGACGAAGCCGACCUUGCUGUGGACGCUGUCGAGCCGGCCAGUACCUUCAAGUGCCCCAUCGAGGGAUGCAACAACCGGUACCGGAGAACCGAACACAUGAAGCGGCAUAUCCAGAGGGCCAACCGCUUCGACAAUCUCGUCGCCCACGUCCGCCUGCACGCCCUGCCACGGAAGAAGCAGGGGUCCAAACCACGGGUAGAAUUCUACGAAGGCGCCGUGAUCCAGCAUGCCGAAAUGGUCAAGAAGCAGCAGCGACGCGGUGGGAAAAAGGGACGGGAUGGCGCCGUCAUCAAAGCUUCGGUGCGGAAGCACCAUACUCCGACUUUUUGA